AUGGAUACUCAUGUUAGACGGACUCCUGAGCAAGUAGUCAAUGAGAGGCAUAAUAGUAGUUCUACUCAAACUACUAUAGAGAACCGUUUUAGGACACCAGAACAAAAAGCCAGAGUUGAUUAUCACAUUGCUAAGUGGAUGUAUCAACAAGGUAUCCCAUUCAAUGCUAUUAAGGCAAGGACCUUUGAGGUGAUGUGCGAGUCUAUUGCACAAUAUGGUUCUGGAUAUAUUCCACAUUCAUAUCAUCAAGUGAGAGUGCCAUUGUUAAGAAAUGUUGUGAAUGAAACUGCAGAGAUGAAGAAAAAAUAUGAAGAGUAUUGGAAGCAGUAUAGGUGCACUCUUAUGUCUGAUGGAUGGACGGAUAAACGGGGAAGGCACUUAAUUAAUUUUUUCGUUAACCGUCUAAAGGGGACUUAUUUCAUGGGAUCUGUUGAUGCAUCUGGUAUGGUUCAAAGUGCACAAAUGCUAUUUGAAUUGCUUGAUAGCAAAAUUGAUGAGAUUGGUGAGGAUUAUGUCAUUCAAGUUGUGACUGACAAUGCUUCAAACUAUAAGUUGGCUGGUAAAAUGCUUAUGGAAAAUAGAAGAAAGCUAUAUUGGACUCCUUGUGCAGCCCAUUGUUUAGACCUGAUGUUGGAGGAUAUAGGUGGUCUGAAAGACUUUAAGAAUAGUUUGGUUAAGCAUAAGGAUGCAUUAAAGCAUUUGUUUAUUUCUGAUGAGUGGAAGGGUUCCAAUUUGUCAAAGACAGAGGUUGGAAAGAAAGUGGAAGAAACGGUGUUUGUUGUACCAUUUUGGAACACUGUGGAAGAUUUUAUUAGAGCAUCGAAGCCACUUAUUGUUGUUUUGAGGAUUGUUGAUGGUGAUGAGAGGCCUGCUAUGACUGAGGUUUAUGUUGCUAUGGAAGAGGCAAAAAAGAAAAUCUGUGAACAUUUAGCACAUAAAGAACGGCUGUGGAAGAAAAUUAUAAAUAUCAUUGACAGGCGUUGGGAGUGUCAGAUAGAACGUCCAUUGUAUGGAGCCACACUAUUUCUUAAUCCCGGAAAAUUUUUUAUGUUCAAGGAAAGUGAAGAUGGCGAACUGAUUGUCAAUCUACACAUCUCAUUGAUUGAUGUCAUGACCAGACUGGUGGAUGACCCUGCUAUACAAGACAAGAUAACUUUGCAAAUUGAUGAUUAUAGAUUUUCAAAGGGUUCUUUUGGGAGGGAUAUGGCGAUUAGACAACGGACAACCAUAAAUCCUAUUACUUGGUGGAGUACAAAUGGAGGUCGUGCUUUUGAGCUUUCAAAGCUUGCACGACGCAUAUUAGGCCUCUGUUGCUCUUCUUCUAGUUGCGAGCACAACUGGAGCACAUUUGAGUUUAUUCAUACCAAGAAGAGGAAUAGACUGGAACAUUCUCGUUUGAAUGAUCUAGUCUAUGUUCAAUACAAUAGCCGCCUCCAAGAAAGGUUUCAACAAAGACGUGAGCUGGAAGGCAAAAACAAAAAAUAUGAUCCACUAAUUCUUGAUGAGCUGGAUUGGUCUAGUGAGUGGAUGGUUACCUAG